AUGUUUCGCGCGCAGCAGAACCACUUCGACGACGCCGUCGCCAAGGCGACGGAUGAGAAUUUGACCUCCGAGAACUGGGAAUAUAUUCUGGAUGUCUGUGAUAAAGUUGGUUCAGAGGAAUCAGGUGCGAAGGAGGCCGUGGCCGCGAUGAUCAAAAGGCUGGCUCACCGAAAUGCCAACGUCCAGCUCUAUACAUUGGAGCUUGGAAAUUCGUUGUCGCAAAACUGCGGGCUGAAGAUCCAUCGCGAAUUGGCUUCGAGAAGCUUUACUGACGCGCUACUACGCUUGGCGAACGAUCGUAAUACGCAUCAACAAGUCAAGUCUAAGAUUCUGGAGCGCAUGGAAGAAUGGACUGAGAUGUUCGCAUCCAACCCGGAUUUUGGCAUCAUGGAACAGGCAUACAUGAAAUUAAAAACUACGAACCCGAAUCUGCAGCCACCGUCAAAACCUGGAAAGCGUGAGAUCACCGAUGUUGAUCGUCAGAUGGAGGAAGAGGAAUUGCAGAUGGCUCUAGCCCUCUCGAUUAAGGAUAAAGCCACCCCGGCGGCGGCUGCUGCGGCAGCACCUCGAGCUGAGGCUUCGUCUGCUGCUGUUGCAUCGGCAUCGGCUCCCACAAAUCAAGGAGAGCCCGCUGAGACCCAACCUGCUCUCUCAGGUACAUCGGUGGCUACCGUGUCGCGUGUGAGAGCGUUGUUUGACUUCCAACCGUCUGAGCCAGGAGAGCUUCAAUUCCGCAAAGGCGAUACGAUUGCAGUCCUGGAGUCUGUUUACAAGGAUUGGUGGAAGGGCUCCCUGAGAGGCCAGACCGGCAUUUUCCCUCUCAACUAUGUGGAGAAACUCCCAGACCCCACUGCCGAUGAGCUGCAGCGGGAGGCUCAAAUGGAGGCGGACGUAUUUGGCCAGAUCAAGAGCGUUGAGAAGCUCCUGACUCUACUGAGCACCCGCAAUACAGACCUCAAUGUCCAAGAAAACGAAGAGAUUACUACACUCUAUCAAGCUACGCUUGCUAUUCGCCCAAAACUCAUCGAAUUGAUUGGGAAAUAUUCGCAAAAGAAAGAUGAAUUCACCCAGCUCAAUGAGAAGUUCAUCAAAGCUCGUCGGGACUAUGAGUCCCUGCUUGAGGCAUCGCUAGCCCAUCCGGCACAGCCUCAAUAUGGACGACCUGCCCAGCCACAGUACGGUUAUCCUAGUGCUGCUCCUGCCGGGUACCCCUCUGCUCCUCAGGCAGAUCCUCGAUACUUCACUCCCCGGCCUCAAGACACCACGCCAACCCAGGCAAAUGCAUAUGCACCAUACCCCACCAGCGAGCAGACUAUGCCGUACCGCCCAGCCUCUCACUCCCCUGAUCCUCGCAACCAGGCUCAGGCCGGCGCACCGCAGCAGCCACCCCACGCCGACCCUUACCAACCUGUUAGCCACCGUCCGCAAUCUACAUACGAUCACCCCCAAGAAUUGGGGACCUCUGUCUAUGAUUCACCUGUCGAUCACCCUGCUCCUGGUUCUGCCCAGCGCAUGCCGUACCCCCCAACUGCUCAAGCCCCGCCUGCUGGCCACCAGCAAUUCCAGCAGCAACAGCAGCAGCAGCAGUCGCAGCAAGACUACUCGCCCUCGGUCUACUCCGCUGAUGAGACACCUCAGAUCCCGCCUGCCUCCACUAUGCCCCAAAUCCCGCACCAGUUCCAGCAACAACAGCAACAGCCCCCGUAUCCCAACUCUCCCGGUGCCCAUCAACCUCCUCCAUCGCACCAGCCUCCGCCGGUACCCGGGGCGGCGCAGCAGCCACAGUAUACCACCUACAGCCCGGCACCUCCCGCUGUAAGCACGGGCGAGUACCAGGCGUACCAGCCUCCACAGGGUGGAGCUGGCUCGAAUCCAGCUUCCUUUUAUCGGUAA